UUACAUCGGCUGUUCAGUGACAAAUAAAAACAAACAUGGCGUCGUCUUGGGAAGAGAACUUUUGCGACUUCUUUGGAUUAGAGAGCCUGCAUGACCAUCAAAAGUCCACUCUGGAGUUUUUGAUGAGUGGAAAGGACGUGUUCCUAAGUGUGCGAACGGGCGGGGGAAAGGACCUAUGUUUCUAUGGGAUUCGUCUUAGGGUGAGCCCGCUGAAUGCGAUAAUGAAGGAGCAUUGUGAGUUCUUGAACGGUCUUGGGCUGACGGCAGUUUGCCUCGGGAUGGACAGUAGAGAUACGGCGGGCAUUCUCGCUGGGAAGUUCCAGUUUGUACUCACCUCCCCCGAGACUAUCCUCGGCGAUGAAAAAUUCCGAGAGAUGUUGCGGUCUGAUGUUUACAAGGGACACGUUGGCCUGAUUGUGAUCGACGAGGCCCAUACUGUUGUCCAGUGGUAAGUCUGUUGUCACUUUUCUUCUAUUUUGCCGAUUCAGUACAUG